AAUAACAAUGAUUUUAUUUUGAAAAAUCUAACCGGAAACCAUCUCUCUCACUUACUUUAUGUUACUUGACAUUGACACUGCAGUCUAGAUAUCGGGAAGCCAUGGCAGACCUUGGAAUCAAAGCUGGAGACAAGGUGAUGAUGGUUUGGGCUCAGCCCUCAGCACCUGCAGCCCUCAAACAGUUUGCAGAGGAACUGGGGGCCAUUGUUGGCGCAGCCGGCAAAGUGUCAGUGGAGAACAUGGAGAGAAUAUUGCUGUCCUCCCAUUCAGCAUCCACCUUUGACUGGGUGCUGUCUUGCCUCCUGGCUGACAGCUCCUCCAUCCAUAGUGCAGAGACUCUAGCAGAAAUAGCCAGAGUGCUCAAACCUGGUGGGAAGCUAGUUCUGGAGGAAGCAGUGACAGGAGCUGAGGCGCAGAGUGUGAGGACUGCUGAGAAGCUGGUGUCGGCUUUGAAGUUGUCAGGCUUCAUGUCAGUGACAGAGGUCAGUAAAGCAGACCUGAGUCCUGAGGCAUUAGGCUCCCUCAGGACGGCCACUGGUUACCAAGGAAACACUCUGUAUAGAGUCCGUGUAUCUGGCACCAAACCCUCCUUUGAGGUGGGAUCAUCCAGCCAGAUUAAACUUUCAUUUGGGAAAAAAAAGACGGCAGAGAAACCUGCUCUGGAUCCCAACACGGUCCAGAUGUGGACACUGUCAGCCAAUGAUAUGGAUGAUGAUGAUGUGGACCUGGUGGACUCUGAUGCUCUGCUGGAUGAAGACGACUUGAAGAAGCCAGACCCAGCUUCUCUUAAAGCUCCCGGUUGUGGAGGAGCAGCCAAGAAAAAAGCAUGCAAGAACUGCUCGUGUGGUCUUGCUGAGGAGUUGGAGCAGGAGAGUAAAGGAAAACCGAAAACUAACCUACCAAAAUCUGCCUGUGGAAGUUGUUACCUUGGCGAUGCGUUCCGAUGUGCCAGCUGUCCUUACUUGGGGAAGCCAGCGUUCAAACCAGGAGAGAAGAUCGUGCUGGACAACAAGACGCUGACAGAUGCCUGAAUCACUAGAUUUCACACAUCUAAAUCGCUCAAGCUUCAAAUAUUACAUUCCUUUUCUGUUCCAUCUGCCCUGAGACACGAUCCACUGCAUAAACAAGAGUUGAAAUCUGCUCUUUUGCAGUAGAUGUUAUUGCAGAUCUGAUGGGGAUCUCUGCUCAGUGAGUCAGUUGACUUGUGAUUGAACAACACACACCAUCUUGAUCUUCCUCAGUGCUUCACCAGCACUGAUGCACUGUUAAUUUAAGUGUUUGGCCAAUGCAUCUUUGACAGUGAAUGAGAUUUGAAUUUGGCUCCUGCUGUUGUUAAUUAUGCAAGUUAUUGUAUGGAGGGUGUUGAAGUAAGUAAAAGCACUGAAAUGCA